AUGCGGGUCCCGAAGAUUCUCGGUUUUCUCUCUGCAAUUAUUCCUUUUAGUUUCGCUAGCACUCAUGGGCACCACUGGGCCAGGCGUCACCAAGAAGUCGCCCUCCGCGCCCGGGGUGAUGUAGAUGUCCAUAAGCGCGAUUCCUUCACUAAUGCUCGGUUCACCUUCUACGAUGUCGGCUUGGGUGCCUGCGGCCAGACAAGCGCCGCUAGUGACUUUAUCGUGGCGUUAAAUGUCGAUCAGUACGGCAGUGGAUAUCCUGGUCCACAGUGCUUCUUGUCAAUCACGAUCUCUUAUGGGGGGAAAACAGCCCAGGCUGUUAUCAUGGAUGAGUGUAUGGGAUGCCCUUAUGGUGGACUCGACUUCUCGCGUGGUCUUUUCGACUACUUUGCGUCCGAGUCGGAAGGUGUAAUCUAUGGGACAUGGUGGUUCAAUGAUGGAAGUACCGGCACUACUACCUCUAGCAGCUGGACUCCCACUUCCACCUCUACGUCUUGGACUCCUGACCCUACCACGUCCUGGACCUCAACGACGACAUGGACACCAGAGACAUCCUCCACCCCAACGACAACAUGGACGCCACCCACCACGUUUUCAUAUACCUCCACCUCCACUUCCACCUCCACCUCCACUUCCUGGACCCCUACCACCACUAGUCAAAUCUCUACCACCCCUUCGGCCUCGUCUACGUCCAUCAAUUACAACUCAGGCGUGGCCAGCGGCAUUGCUAUUCCCACAGGGACUGCUGUUGUGGCUGCGCCAGACAGCACCAACCCCCAGAAUCUUCUAGUCAUUAACCAAGCCUUGAUUAGUCUCGGAAUCAUGCUUGCAGCUGGAGAGCAGGGUAGUUGA